UUCAUCUAGAAAAGAUCUUUUAUAAAAUCCCCUCUUGUGGUUACAGAUCUAUGAUAUAACCCAUCUGGCUGGGCUAGCCAGGUACCUGGAGGGUAAGGUCUUUCACAGGAUGUUUGCAGACAUUUUAUAUGAUUUCAUGUACUUUGAGGAUGCAUCUGAUGCAUUCAGAGGAGAGAAGGGCACUCUGCUCCCUUUGUGGAAAUUUGAGUACGAAAAAGGCAAAAGUCUGUCUGUGACUGCCCUCUGCUGGGAUCAAAAACACUAUGAUUUGUUUGCUGUCACCUUUGGGUCAGAUGAAUUUACUCAGCAGGGGGGUGGUAUGCUUGUCUUGUACACCCUGGGGAACCCCAAUUACCCAGAAUUCAUCUUUAACACGGUCUCAGGCAUAACGUGUGUAGAUAUCCAUGAACAUCUGUCCCACCUAGUGGCUGUAGGUUUGUUUGACGGCUGUGUCGCAGUCUAUAAUCUACAGAAAAAGCGUGAUGAGCCAUUUUGGAACAGCAGAGCCAGCCCUGGCAGACACAGAGGUGCUGUGACACAGGUGAAGUGGCAGAAAGAUGAUUUGGAUGGUAAUCAUAACUUCAUCUCUGUGGCUGCGGAUGGACGAGUGGUGUCUUGGACUCUCGUAAAGCACAAACUAGUCUUUACAGACACGAUCAAGCUCCCAGUCCCAGACACAAUUCCUGAUAACCUUAAGGAUGUCUUUUCUACAGUUGGAACAUCAAUGGACUUUCACAAACAAAAGGACAAUUUUCUUGUUGGCACCGAGUAUGGAAAGAUUCACAAGAUCUCCAAACUCUAUAAUAGGUUCGUGGAGUCAUAUGAUGCCCACUUCAUGAAUGUCACUCGUGUGAGGUGGAAUCCCUUCCAUCCUGAUGUCUUCAUCUCCUGUGGCUGGGACUGGAUGGUCAAAAUUUGGGAUCAAACUAUGAAGUCUCCCGUGUUCACCUUUGAACUGGAAAUUGGAGCUGCAGUGACAGAUGUGGCCUGGGCUCCAUACUCCUCUACUGUCUUUGCCGCUGUCACCACUGAUGGAAAGGUCCAUGUGUUCGACCUCAGCAUUAACGAAUAUGAGGCUCUCUGCCAGCAAAAAGUGGUGUCCAAGAAGACCAAGCUCUUGCACAUUGAAUUCAACCCUGUCCAUCCCAUCAUCAUCGUGGGCGAUGACCGCGGCCAUGUCACUAGCCUCAAGCUCUCUCCCAACCUCCGCAAGAAGCCUAAGGACAAGAAGGGUCAGGACUUGCCGAUGAGUUCGGAGGUGGAAAUAGCAAAGAUGGAGCAACUGUUGAGCUCACUGAGAUAGCCUGGGAAGAACUGAGGCACAGCAAAAAUUUUAUUGAAACAUUUGAACUAUCUUUUGUCUAGAAAUAUGAGUUAGUCUUACAGCACACCUGUAAAAUGUAAAAAAAAAAAAGAUAUUUCACUUUAUUUAUUAAAGAUUCAUAAUCAUAAAUACGAUUUAAGCCCAAAAAUUACAAUAAAACAUUAAAUUCCUCUCA